AUGCAAUCUUCUUCUCCCUUCAACUCAUCCUCUUCCUCACUCGACAUGACACAGCAUCCCGAGGUUCCAUUUGUCCGAUCGACAGAAGGGUUUCCACGAAGUGCUCUCGAUCGUGCAUCUGCUGCCAAGCUACGACUUGAACACAACUACAAGGUGUCGUUGCAACAAGCUAUUGAACGUAAACAAAGGCGAUUGGAUGUGGAGAAACGAUUACAAGACGAGCAAUGUAGCCAAGAAAAGAAGAAUCGACAACUUCAAUCUUUGGGACGUAAAGAAUCACAGUAUCUACGAUUGCAACGUACACGGCUUGGAUUGGAUGACUUCAUCACUGUCAAAGUGAUUGGCAAAGGUGCAUUCGGCGAGGUUCGAUUGGUACAAGCAUGUGAUACCGGCAAGAUUUAUGCAAUGAAGACUUUACGUAAAUCCGAAAUGAUGAAAAAGGAUCAGCUUGCCCAUGUUAAAGCUGAGCGUGAUGUAUUGGCUGAAUCCGAUUCUCCUUGGGUGACCCAGCUGUACUUUUCAUUUCAAGAUUCUCAGUACCUGUAUCUUAUCAUGGAGUUUUUACCCGGUGGUGAUUUGAUGACCAUGUUGAUCAAGUACGACACAUUCAGUGAGCCUGUGACACGAUUUUACAUGGCCGAGAUUGUAUUGGCAUUGGAAGCGGUACACAAGCUUGGUUUUAUUCAUCGGGAUAUCAAGCCUGACAACAUAUUGAUUGAUCAAGGAGGACACAUCAAGUUAUCCGACUUUGGCCUAUCGACAGGUUUUCAUAAGACGCAUCAUUCACAAUACUAUCAGCGACUCUUUGAGGGUGCACAAAAUACGAGUGGGACCGAGAGUAUCCAUCUGACGACCAAGGAAAAGAUCGCAACAUGGAAAAAGAAUAGGAGAGGCAUGGCGUAUUCAACAGUGGGCACACCUGAUUACAUUGCACCCGAGAUCUUUUUACAAAAGGGCUAUGGCCAAGACUGUGAUUGGUGGUCGCUUGGUACCAUUAUGUUUGAAUGCUUAUGCGGCUAUCCACCAUUUUGUUCCGAUCAUCCUCAUGAUACCUAUCGCAAGAUUAUGAAUUGGCGUGAGACUCUCAUUUUCCCAGAUGACCAGCCACUAAGCCGUGAAGCUGAGGACUUGAUUCGGAGAUUGGUCUGUGAUUCUGAAUAUCGUUUGGGCCGGAAUGGUGCCGAAGAGAUCAAAGCACAUCCAUUCUUUGCUGGUGUCAAUUGGGCUACUUUGCGAUCUGAACCUUCUCCCUACGUACCACAGCUUACUAGCAUUACCGAUACCAGCCAUUUCCCAACCGAAGAGCUCGAGGCUGUUCCCGAGGCUGUAGAUACCAGCAUGAUGCAAGUGGACCACACGGAUACAGUGAAUGCACAAAAGGAUUUGGCGUUUGUUGGCUACACAUUCAAGCGUUUCGACUACUUGACAAAAAAGAAUAUACUGUAG